CGUGAGGUGAGAGGGAGCCGGGGACCGGCCCGGGGCUCUGUCGGCACUGUUAUGGAGGAACUAAGUCAGGCAUUGUCAGUUAGCUUCGCCAUCUCUCACGACCCAAACAGCAUCGCUGCUCCACAUCCGCGCCUUGCCCAGUAUAAAGUCAAGUACAAUGCACAGGAGCAGGCGGAGCGCAGGCGAAAACUUCUAGAAAUCCAAAAAUCGCAGCGGUUGAAUUAUGUGAACCACGCUAGGCGCCUGGCUGAAGAUGACUGGACGGGAGGAGAGGACAGUGGGGAGGAGUCAGAGGAGAAGGAGGAAAUGGAAGUUGAGGUGGCAAAGAAGAAGCUACCCAAACGUUAUGCAAACCAGUUGAUGCUGUCCGAAUGGCUGGUGGAUGUGCCGGCUGACCUUGCUGAAGAGUGGCUCUUGGUGGUCUGUCCCGUUGGCAAGAGGACUCUCAUCGUUGCUUCCAAAGGGAGCACAGCAGCAUACACGCGCAGUGGAUUUUGUGUGAACAGGUUUCCUUCACUUCUCCCUGGUGGAAAUCGGCACAACUCUGCCAUGGGCAAAGAUUAUACAAUACUGGACUGUAUUUACAGCGACGUGAUGAGAACAUUCUUUGUCUUGGAUGUGAUGUGUUGGAGAGGUCAUCCAGUCUAUGACUGUCAGACAGAAUUCAGAUUUUUCUGGCUUCAGUCAAAAUUGCAAGAGGAAGGUGAGAAUCUGUCGGAGAUAGCGACCCGGAAUCCAUUCAAGUUUGUGGGACUGCCAAGUGCGCUGUGCACACCAGAAGCUAUUUGUCAGGCAUUAGCUGCAGAUUAUCCCUUUGAGGUAGAUGGGCUGCUGUUCUACCACAGCCGGACACACUACACCCCAGGGAGCACGCCACUGGUUGGCUGGCUGAAGCCGUACAUGGUAGCUGACAUUCUGGGG